AUGUGUCCAGAAAAUUUCAUCUCUCUCUCACACUCGUUUUUUUUUUCUUUAUACAAUCACAUUGAAAACUUCCAUCUCUUCUUUUUUUUUCCGCUUUUUCCCUCUUUUUUGUCUUGCUUACUCUUUUUUUUAUAUUCUUCUUCACUGUUUAUACACUUUCUUUCUUUCUUUCUCUCUUUCUUUCUUUCUUUCUCUCUUUCUUUCUUUCUUUCUUUCUCUCUUUCUUUCUCUCUUUCUUUCUCUCUUUCUUUCUUUCUCUCUUUCUUUCUCUCUUUCUUUCUUUCUUUCUUUCUUUCUCUCUUUCUUUCUCUCUUUCUCUCUUUCUUUCUUUUUUUCUUUCUUCUUUUUACUGGUUUCUUUCUUUUAAUUCAUCCACAAUUUCUUCCCUACAUUUUAAUAUCGUCUGGCAAUUUUUAUUUUGCAGCUUCUUGUCAUUUACGAUUUUUUUUUCAUUCUUUUAAAUGCCUAUUUUCACGUAACGUUAACUCUAUAUAUCUGUUCUUAAUUUUAUCCAUCUAUCUAUCUAUCUAUCUAUCUAUCUAUCUAUCUAUCUAUCUAUCUAUUCUUAAUUCUAUCUAUCUAUCUAUCUAUCUAUCUAUUCUUAACUCUAUCUAUCUAUUCCUAAUUCUAUAUAUAUCUUUAUCUCUGUCUCUUCUUAAUUCUAUCUAUCUAGCUAGCUAG